AUGGCUGACAAAGGCAAAAAGGGCAAAGGGGCCCCAGCCCCAGCCCCAGCCCCAGCCCCUGCUCCGGCAGCACCUGCUCCGGCGGCACCGUUGUGGGCAGCGCCCCCUCCGGCCCCCGCAUCCCCAGACAAGAAAGAUGACAAGGAGGCAAAGCCCAAGUCUGUGCAGCCCAAGGUUGAAGUGGGCAAGAGGAAGGGGUGUCACCGCUACAGGUGGGAGUUCAAGGACACCAAUAGGGAGUUCUGGAUGAUGAGGCAUGCCGAGGUCGUGGUAAGUCGGGGCUGCCUAGUAGCUUCACUGAUGCUUUUCACGGGGACCACCAUCCACCCUCUCCUGACACUCAUCGUCACCAUGAAGCUGCCCAUCUUCUGCUUUUUCUUGGGUAUCUACACCUUCGCCAUCCAAAUAUACAUGCCCUUCAUCCUGUGGCCCAUUUCUGACCUUCUCAAUGGCCUGUUCACCUGUGUGUUGCUCGUGGAGGCCAUCAUCUUUGCCGUAAGAAGUCGACAAACCAUGCCCGUGCACUACCUGGUCGCUGUGAUUCUUAUGGGUGUGGCUGGAUUUUUUGCUUUAAUUGAUAUAAGUCUCCAAAGAAAACACUUCAAAGGCAAGAAGGUCAGAAAGAAUGUGCUGGUCCCUCCUCCACCAAAGGACAAAAGAAACGAAGGGCCCCCCAUGCCACCCCCAGAUGCAAAGCCAAAGGCACCAGAAAAAGCGCCAGAGAAGGAAAAGGCGAAGGGAGGCCAGAAGCGACAUGGAGGAGCCGCCUGCUCACACCCUGCAGGCCAGGCAGGCCCUGGGGUCAGCUCCCUGGAGCAGGCAGAGUUUCUCCACACUCAGAGAAGGAAUGCCCUGGGGCCAGGCCAGAGCGUGGCAGGACUUACGGCAGCCACCAUCAUGCUGAGAAUGGGACCCCAGGACAAGGCCAUGGUCACCACAGACUGCAGGAAGAUAGCCCCCCACUAG